UGACAGGCUUUUUUUGUUAUUGUGACCUUGCCCGGUUUUGACAUCUAUUCAGCGGGAGAUCAUGCUGAUGAUGAUGGAGAACAGCGGCAUGGAUGUGCAUCAGGUUGAUAUCGAUUCGGAAUUUGAGCCUCACGGCCGGUCGCGGUCGUGCACCUGGCCGCUGCCGUGUCCGGAAGAUUUCCCUGGGGGAGAAGAGGCGAACCGAGGUCUGGCCCUCGCGUCGGUCAAAGUGGAGCAGUACAACGUGCCCGCGUGCCGGGGCGAGAGAAAAGGCGGCGCGCCGGCGGAGAUCAAGCAUCCAGCCGGCGCCCCGGCCCCGGUCGUGGCCGCUCCUGCCUGCAUGUCCGGGGCAGCGCUCGACGUGGCCGGCCAGCUACGCAAAGCGAAGUCCUCCCGGCGGAACGCGUGGGGAAACCUGUCGUAUGCAGAUCUCAUCACCCGUGCCAUUGAGAGCGCCCCGGAGAAGAGGCUCACCCUGUCCCAGAUAUAUGACUGGAUGGUUCGCUUUGUUCCUUAUUUUAAGGAUAAAGGCGACAGCAACAGUUCAGCCGGAUGGAAGAAUUCUAUCAGACACAAUCUGUCCCUGCACAGUCGCUUCAUCCGGGUGCAAAAUGAAGGGACGGGGAAGAGUUCCUGGUGGAUGCUCAACCCAGAAGGUGGGAAGAUGGGAAAGGGCCCCAGGCGACGUGCAUCUAUAGACAAUGGCACCCGCUAUCUAAAGACCAAGGGCCGCAUCAGCCGGAAGAGAACAGGGGCCAUGGGACUUGGACGGGGACAAGGUCAGGGAGCUGGACCAGCAAUGCAAGGCUCCCCAGAGCAUGGCAGUCCAGCAGCAAAAGGAGGCGUGGGCAUAGGUGGAGAGGAGUAUGACUCUUGGACAGACCUCCAUUCCCGCACCUCAUCUUCUGGUUCCACGCUGAGUGGCUGCCUGUCCCCAAUCCUAGCUGAGGCGGAGGCUGAUGAACCAGAGGAGGGUGGACUUUCUAGUUCAGCUUCGCCACGAAUAUACCCAAGCCCCACUAGCACCCGUUCCCCAGCCUUGGGCACUGGGGGCCACUGCCCCACUGUGGAGUUGCCUCAGCUGACUGACCUUACCGGGGCUAUCAGUCUAGAUGAGAGUGGCUACCCCCAGCCACCACAAAUUAAAUGCAAUGGUUAUCCCUACGUGCCUGGACCCAAGGCAGAGGGCUCCUACUGUGGGCUAAUGUAUGGACAGCCUUCUAUGGGUAUGUUACGGCACCACACUCCCAUGGAGACCAUCCAGGAGAACAAGCCAGUCAGCUUCCAGCGCCCAGUGAGGGGAUACUCAGAGAACAAUGCCCUGCAGAGUCUACUUACUGGAGGUCCUUCAUAUUGCAACAAAGACACAGUGCUGAGCCAGGGACGGGAAACACACACAUUAAUGACACAAGGAACCAAUGGCGUUCACAGCCAACACAGCCACAAUCAGAAUCGCAGCCACAAUCAUAACCAGAACCACAACCAAGAGCAUACUCGCAAUCCAAGUCUACACAAUGACCAUGACCAGAACACAACUCAUCAUCAGAACCACAAUCAGGGUCACAAACACCAAGCCAGCCUUGACUACGGUCACAAGCCCCACCCGUCUCAUGACUAUGGUUCAAGUCAUGAGCACAAUCACAGUAACAAAGUAAAUCCCAGCCAUGAUCACAAUCCUCACUCCACUCAGAGUCACAUGCACAACCACAACCCCCACAACUCUCAUAACCCUAUGCACAGCGGGCCUCACCAUCAGGCUCUGUCUCCAAGAGUGAGCACUGACAUCCUGCAGCCCUACAGUCUCAAGACUUCUAACCACUAUGGACCCCGUCCCCAUCUCCCAACAUCCCCUUCUCUGCCACCUAAUCCUGCCGGCAUCAUGGAUGUUCCCCAGGACCCCUGCCGCCUGGCAUCCGCACCUCACCCCCGCCACCAGCCUUACCCCGGAGCUCACCAUCAGGGUAUGACCGACUCCUGGCACGGGUUCUACCACAACAAUCACCAGUCAGGGAAUGCUGGUUACCAGGGGCAACAGCACAACUCCCAGAGUAGAAUGGCUUCUGACUUGGAGAUGGAGAACGUCCCUAAUAGUCUGGACUGUGAUGUGGACUCUAUCCUGCUCAAUGAUUUUAUGGACACAGAGAACAUGGACUUCAACUUUGAUGGUUCUCUGUCCCAGGGAGUUGGCAUGGGGAUGGGCAUGAGUUUAGGGGCUUUUGCUUGCCCUGCACCUUCACACAGCAACCAGAGCUGGGUGCCAGGGUGAACUCACACCCAGGGGUAUGUAUAGACACAUGACCAGAAAGCUCAUCCACUGGGCUAGGCUGCUGUUGGGCUGUACCCUUGGACUGACUGACUGACUGUGAUUCUGUUUCUCUGAGACAAUAUGUAUUGUCAUUUUGUUUUCUGGGGGCUCCCUACACUCCAAUGUUGUGCUCUCUCUCUUUCUUCUGCCCUGUUUAAAAAGCCUUGUGUCUCCAUAUUGAACCUGCCCCCAAUGAGCCCAGUGCAAAAGCAACACCCCCAUGCCCUUCAGUUUUAUUUUGUUGUGUUUUUAUGCGCUCAAUCUCAUCCUGCCUGUCCCUAAGCUCUCAAGCACUUUACAUCCAUCUUUUCAUUCAGUUGCAGUAACACAAAAACCAGGCAAAGUCACGUUGUGUGUUGGCUUAAGUUUAAUGUAUGCAAUCCACUUUACAGUAUUAUCUCCUCCUACAAAGGAGGUGUUGUUCUUGACUUGAGAACAUGAUCAAACAGCUGCAUAAAUAUCUUCAGUGUAGAGGUGCUCUCAAAUUGGGGGUUAAAAGUCAGGGGGGAUGCUUUGAAGUUUAAAGAAAAAAGGUCUUCAGAAGAAGAGGGAAUUUGCAGGUAAAGAGAUGGAGGUAUAGGAAAGAAGGGAUCUCCAGGGUCAGUGCGACUCCUCUUCUUCCUUGUGGACAGUGGUGUUUCCUUUUGGGUUCAUCACAGGCAUCCAUUAGUCAACCCUCAGCACUGUUCCAUUGAAAUGCAGCGUCCCUUCUUUAAUCUCCAAAGUAAUGCCAGAGUGAUGCAUCACUAUUGCAAAUCUAAUGCGCCAUGCUGUAGUUUUUCAACCUCCCCCCUCUGUCUUCAACUCCGGACACACCGGCUUAAUGUGUUUUGGUGAAAGUGAUGAUUAAACUCACUCUGCACUAAAUGGGGGAGGGAUUGAAAUGGGUGAUGUUUGGGAGGUGGGGGUGGGGUGGUGUUGAGGGGCGAUGAUAGGAGAGGAGAAAUGCAAAUAUUCCCUCUGUGUCUCUUCCUCUCCAUUUUGUGGAUUUAUGUAGCUUUCCGCAUAAUGAAAUAAGCAACGAUCACGGCCUGCUGUACAUCCUGAGGGGCUCUCUGAUUGGCCUGUGCCUCAUUGCCUCAGUGUGGCACCUUCACCGCCUGACCCCAGAACAGCUUACCGAGCAACUGUGGUCAGGCCGGCAUGUUGAUGGAGUUGCUGUCGUCAGACCCCAGGCAACCUUGUCUAAUUCACCAACACCCAGGUUCAAGCCCACUAUGUGCUUUUACUCCUGUGAAUUGUUCACUGAUGAACACCGUCAGCAGAUUACUAUUUGGUGCUAUCUCCUCUUUCCAGGCUCCCUCCUAUCGCGCCGCCCCAUCCCGAGGUUACUCGGAGGGUAAACAAGAGUAAUUAACCGCCAAACAAGAUGGAUGAUUUAUGCAAGUGUGUGUAUUCACUCAUUGGCACAAAGUCAUAAUUCUCUCCACCCCCCACAAAGCACAAGCAGGGCAAAUUUUGAGAGGUGGUACCCAGCAACAAGGUAAAGCGGCUGGCAAGUGCUGUGCUUACAGUGUCCUUCAAGUCCUUCAAGAAUCCUCUUUACAGGCGCUCCCGCCCCAUCCUGGCCAAAGCUUUACUUUGCUGUCGUCUUUUCUUGUGCUUGUUCUGUGAUUGUGCAGUUGUCUGUCCUGUUUCAGUACAACGUGGAUAGGAGCUUUUGUGUGCAUUUUAUUUUCUUCGUUCGCAGUGGGAAAACAGGCAAAGGGUUGAAAUUGCUAGCCCUUGUUCCGGCACCUGUCCUCUUCAAGGUAGAGAGAAUAGGGACAAGAGAGGGAAGGAAGGUAGACAGAUACAGAGAGAUACUGAGAGGGAGGAAAAGAGCUGAAUGAGUAGGCAGGAUCUGUGAGACCGUUAGAGAUUUUCCAGCUCGGUAGCUUUCCCUAGAAUGGGCUGUUUCAAUCAGGCCAAAUGUCAAGUGCUACUCAGCCAGCUCCAGUGAGCUUUGACCAGAAAGCCACUUCUCCCUCGUGAUCAAGGACAAUGACGGGUAUUUCCAUACACAUUUCUUUUGAUUUUUUCAUUUCUUUUCAUGAGUUAAGAUAGCCCAUUGUUUUAAUUCAACUGUAAUUUGUUCUCUGGCCUGUGUGCAAUUGUGUCAAGCUUCUUGUGGGUGUGCGAGUGUGUAUCACAGUGAUGUACAAGAACUGAUUAAGGGAAUAUUAUUGAGAAAUAACUUGCCCUGGUAUUGUCUAUGCCUGGCUGAGUGCAGCAUAUAAUAUAUACAGUUUAUAUUUAUUGGUUAGGGAGCUGGGUCUAUGGAGGACCAGACCCCUCACUUCUUUGUCUUCUUGAUGACAAAGAAGCAGAAUGCUAUUUCAGUUUGACAACAUUUCAUUAUGUACAUAAUCUAUAUUGAGAAAAUUGUAUUAUAAUUUUUUUGCAAA